CCAGCAUCCAGGAUGUCCACACAGAGCACGUACCCGCUGGAGCCCGAGGCCUCGCAGCUGCAGCCGGAGACCCCAAAGGCCCCGGGCCACCAGCGGCGUCAUACGCUUCCCGCCAACGAGUUCCGCUGCCUCACCCCGGAGGAUGCUGCCAGCGUGUUUGAGAUUGAGCGUGAAGCCUUCAUCUCUGUCCUGGGCAUCUGCCCCUUGUAUCUGGAGGAGAUCAAGCACUUUCUGACCCUGUGUCCAGAGCUGUCCAUGGGCUGGUUCCAGGAGGGCCGCCUUGUGGCUUUCAUCAUCGGCUCGCUUUGGGACCAGGAGAGACUCACUCAGGAGUCGAUGACGCUGCACCGGCCCGGGGGCCACACCGCCCACCUACGCGCCCUGGCCGUGCACCACACUUUCCGGGGACAAGGCAAGGGCUCCAUCCUGAUGUGGCGGUUCCUGCACCACCUGGGGAGGCAGCCAGCAGUGCGCCGGGCCGUGCUCAUGUGUGAGGAUGCGCUGGUGCCCUUCUACCAGAAAUUCGGCUUCCGCCUCGUGGGCCCAUGCGCCAUCACCCUGGGCUCGCUCACCUUCAAUGAGCUGCAGCGCUCCAUGUGGGACCACGCCUCCCGGCGUAGGAACAGCGGCUCCUGA